AUGCAUGUCACCGUCAAUGACCAAAUAUCCGUUCUCCCGACUGGAUCUCUUUUAGUUGACGCACGCCCAUAUCUAGCAGAGUUUAUUGACUCGACGGUAAUGCAGUUUGCUACGUCACUGUCCGCAGACCCAGAAAGCACACAACGACAAGGCGGAAAAGAAAGCAACCGCCAAGUCCAUGUGCGAGCCGCGAUAGCCAGGGCAACUUUGCCUGGCCCUGCCGAUGAGAACCAUCACGGGGACGCUAGAGAGGACCUCCUGGGUAUCCCUGUUGCUGCGAUGCAUGGGUGCAAGUACUGUACAGUGCCGUAUGGUAUUUGCUCAGCAUACCCCAUCAUUAUCCUCUCAACAUUGUGUCUUUCCGAGCGCGAUAUUCCACGCAUGGCUGACUGGCAGAAUUGCUGGAAACGUGCAAUGAAUCGCGAGCUCGAUAAUUACGUCGGUGGCGGAUUCUCUUGCCGGAUGGACGCUGCCGUCGGCAACACGUUUUCUUGCAGCGAAUCUCAUUUCCUGUCACGGAACCUGUCUCAACCUUGA